AUGCCGCCCCAACGUCAGACUGCUCCGGUGAAGCUGUCCUUGCCUUUACAAUAUCAGCAAGACAUCUUCACCGAACUCCGCGGAGAGGAUGAGCUGGUCAUCCUCGCCCGAGGCCUGGGGCUUCUCCGCCUGAUAAGCAACCUGCUACACUUCUACGAUGCGGCAGGGAAUAAUCUAGUGCUACUGGUUGGUGCUGACGACCGGGAGAAUGAAUGGAUAGGCGAGGCUCUGGCAGAGCAUUAUGCUAUCAGCAAGACUCCACUUGCGAGGGGUCUUAAAGUUAUCAACACGGAUAGGGCAACGGUACCAAUGCGAGAGAAGAUCUAUGCCGAAGGUGGUAUUCUGAGCGUAACAUCAAGAAUACUGGUUGUGGAUCUCUUGUCAAAGUUACUAGACCCAGAAAAGGUCACUGGGUUGGUUGUACUUCACGCUGACAAAAUUAUUGCGACCUCAACCGAGGCGUUUAUCAUUCGGAUCUAUCGCCAUGCCAACAAGAGUGGCUUUCUAAAAGCGUUUUCGGAUUCACCAGAACCUUUCUCAACAGGAUUUGCGCCUUUAGCCAAUUAUCUCCGAAACCUGUUUCUACGGAAAGCUUCGCUAUGGCCACGAUUUCAUGUCACCGUUGCCGAGUCGUUAGAAGGCCAUAGGAAAGCUGAAGUAAUUGAGCUUGAAGUUCCUAUGAGCGACAAGAUGCGUGAGAUACAAAAUGCUGUGCUUGAGUGCGUGGAACUCUGUAUCGGGGAGCUCAAGAAAGCAAACACGGGCCUCGAUAUGGCUGACUGGACUCUGGAUAGUGCUUUGCAUAGGAGUUUUGACAUUGCGAUCCGUCGACAGCUCGACCCGAUGUGGCAUCGCGUGAGUUUCAGAACAAGACAGAUUGUUAAUGAUCUCACUGAUCUGAGGGCUAUUUUGCAUGCCCUGCUCACCUAUGAUGCUGUGUCAUUUGUGAAAUAUCUAGAUACCAUUGUAACCGCACAUUCUCCGCCCCCUGGCUCCAACAGACACAAUUAUUCACCGUGGUUGUUUCUCGACGCAGCACAUGUUCUUUUCAAGACCGCCAAAUCUCGAGUUUAUGAAGGGAAAAUUGGCAACGAUGCGGCUCGUUCGUCAGCGACAUCUCUACCAACGACCCUUCGACCUGUUUUGGAAGAACAGCCCAAGUGGGACGUCUUGGCUGAAAUCCUCGAGGAAAUUGAAACCGACGCUCAUCUCAACCCAGUCAAUACAGACGAAUCGAACAGCACUGUACUGAUCAUGUGUACCGACCAACGAAUCUGCCGGCAGCUUCGGGAAUACCUGGGAACAAUGCACACAAAAGUGGAGAAUGAGACUCAAGAUGGAGCCGAUGAUGAUGAAAUGGAGCAAGAGAAGACUCGCUCCGCAGAUGUGAUGCUGCGUAGGCGUCUAAGGGAGUAUAUUGACUGGAAACACUCACUGUCAAAUGUCAGCAGAAAUUUGUCUGGACAACCAGCCAACGAGAAAAGUCAAACAGGGUCAGGCCGAGAUUCACCACUGCCUCUCAACCCACCAGGGAGACCACCCCCGAAUAAACGACGCCGAGUCCGCGGUGGUGGUGCAGUUUCAACUGUCUCAACCCCUGGCCGCGGUCCGAAUGACAGCGUCCAGGCCGAUAGCGAACCUUCAGAACAGAUGGCCGGUCUAUUGCAAGAGAUCCAACCUACAGAAACCGAAGAAACCCAAAAGGAGGAAGUUAUAAUUGACGACUUCGAAGAGAUGGAAGACUUUUACGAGCUCUAUGAUAUGGAUGACUUGGUAAUGGUGCAUCCGUACGAUGGAGAUGUGGACGAACAUAUCCUCGAAGAAGUCCGGCCUCGAUACAUUAUCAUGUAUGAGCCUGAUCCGGCCUUCAUUCGACGAGUGGAGGUGUACCGUAGCUCUCAUGCGGGGAGGAAUGUGCGAGUGUACUUCAUGUACUACGGCGGCUCUGUAGAAGAGCAGCGUUAUUUAAGUGCAGUCCGGCGAGAGAAGGAUUCAUUUACGAAGCUCAUUAAGGAAAAAAGUAACAUGGCCGUGACAAUAACCCACGACAAGAGCCUCGAAGACCCUCAAGAACAAUUCCUCCGCACUGUCAACACCCGCAUCGCCGGUGGCGGCCGCCUCACGGCAACAGCCUCACCCCCGCGCGUUGUCGUCGACGUUCGAGAAUUCAGGAGCGCCCUCCCUUCCCUUCUUCAUGGCAACAAUAUGAUCAUCGUUCCCUGCCAGCUAACAGUCGGCGACUACAUCCUCACUCCGGAUAUCUGCGUCGAACGCAAAUCUGUCCGCGAUCUCAUCUCCUCCCUCCGCAACGGCCGCCUUUACAACCAAGCCGAAACAAUGCUACAGCACUACAAAACUCCACUCCUGCUCAUCGAAUUCGACGAGAACAAAUCAUUUACCUUUGACGCCUUCACUUCCGCCACAACACCGGGCACAACCUUUCUCACUGACUUCGGUUUCACCUCCUCAGGAACUGCAACAACCACCCUAUCAACCAGCAGUUCCCUCGUGAACCCAAACAGCCCCAAAUCCGCACAACAUCUUCUUGUCCUUCUGACGCUCGCCUUCCCCCGACUGAAAGUAAUAUGGUCUUCCUCGCCAUACCAAACCGCUGAGAUAUUCGCCGAAUUGAAGAAAAAGGCCGCCGAGCCGGACCCCGUUCGAGCCGUCCAGAUCGGCCUAGAUCUCGAUAUUGACAUGGAUACGGGCUCCGGCGACGUCAUGACGGCUGCGGGGGUCGAGCAUAGGACGUUUAAUCUGCAGCCGCAGGAGAUGUUGAGAGCUGUUCCGGGGAUUACGCCUCAGGUCUUGGAGAGGUUGAUCUUGCAGACGGGUAAUAUUGCUGAGAUUGCAAAUAUGGACGUUGAACAAUUGGAUCCAUUUAUGGGGAAGGAGGCUGCGAGGAAGGUUGUUGGGUUUUUUAGAAAAAGUGUUUUUGAGGGGGGCUAA